GCGGUGACCUAGGAUGCCGCUUAGACACCGAUCCUCUUCGGAAGGAUAUCGAGGUUUCAUCUCGCAUAGUCUCGCAACAAUGGCAUCUUCGGGUGUCUUGUUUCCACCAGGCCUCGUUAGGUCUCUUUGCUUCUUGGCCUUCUUUUCGCUAGCCAUCUGCGACGAAACCGAGAACGAUAGACAAUCCCUCCUUUGCUUCAAGUCCCACCUCUCGGGACCAGCCGCCGGAGUUUUACCUUCAUGGAGCAACGCGUCCCGGGAGUUCUGCGGCUGGCAGGGGAUCACCUGCAGCGCAACGUCCCCUCGGCGUGUCAUCGCCCUGGACCUUGAAUCGGGGGGCAUCUCAGGGUCCAUACCGCCUUGCGUCGCCAACCUCACCUGGUUGACAAGUCUCCAACUGUCAAACGACAGCCUCCAUGGUGGCAUACCGUCCGAGCUUGGCCGCCUGAGCCGGCUGAGAAGCCUCAACCUCAGCAUGAACACUUUGGAAGGUACCAUCCCAUCCCAACUCUCUGCAUGUUCCCAACUCAGAAUCCUAGGCUUGUGGAACAACUCCCUCAGCGGAGAGAUCCCACCUGGCCUUAGCCAAUGCAAACAUCUUCAAGAAAUUAACCUUGGAAACAACAAGCUCCAAGGGAGCAUCCCUUCUUCCUUUGGUAAUCUUCCUGAGAUGCGCAUACUAGUUCUCGCUAGCAACAGGCUUACAGGCAACAUACCGCCGUCUCUGGGCAGCAGCCCUUAUCUCACGUAUGUUGAUCUCGGAAUGAAUGAUCUCACAGGGGCUAUCCCAGAGUCCUUAGCAAGCAGCCCAUCUCUUCAGGUACUUAGGCUCAUGAGCAAUAAUUUUACCGGAGAACUCCCAAAGGCCCUCUUCAACAGUUCGGCACUUAUUGCCCUCUGCCUCCAACAGAACAGUAUUGUUGGUUCCAUACCUUCUGUUACUGUUGCAUCUUCCCCUAUACAAUAUCUAUAUUUGAGGAAUAACUACCUUUCAGGAACAAUACCUUCCUCACUAGGGAACCUGUCCUCCCUAGUUCAUCUUCGCCUUACACAAAAUCUGUUAGUUGGGAGCAUCCCGGAGAGCUUAGGUUAUAUUCCAACACUACAACUAUUGACCUUGAGUAUGAACAACUUAUCUGGGUCAGUUCCACGGUCUCUCUUCAACAUGUCAUCCCUCACAGUUCUUGCCCUAGCACAAAACUCACUUGCCGGAAGAUUGCCGAUCGACAUCGGCUACACACUCCCGAAUAUUCAGUCCUUGAUACUCUCAACAAACAGUUUUGAUGGCCCAAUCCCAGCCUCUCUUCUCAAAGCUUACCACCUACAAAUGCUUUACCUGAACAAUAAUAGAUUUAUAGGACACAUACCAUUCUUUGGUUCAUUGCCAAAUUUGGAGCAACUUGAUUUGGCAUACAACAUGCUAGAUGCAAAUGAUUGGGGCUUUGUCUCUUCACUAUUGAAUUGCUCCAAAUUGAGUAUGCUGGCACUAGAUGGGAACAACCUCAAAGGGAGAAUUCCAAGUUCAAUCGGCAACCUUUCCAAUAGUCUCAAGUUCUUGUGGCUAAGUAGCAACAAAAUUUCUGGACCUAUACCACCAGAGAUUGGCAACCUUAAUAGCCUCACUAGCUUGUACAUGGGUUCCAAUCUUCUUACUGGCCAUAUACCACCAACGAUAGGGGAGUUGCGCAAAUUGGUAUAUCUAUCUUUUGCACAAAACAAGCUUUCGGGUCAGAUCCCAUACACAGUUGGUAAUCUUGUUCAGCUGAGUAUGCUGAAAUUGGACGAGAACAACUUCAGUGGAAGUAUACCUGGAAGUAUUGCACACUGUACUCGACUAGAAAUUCUCAACCUCGCACACAACUCACUAAAUGGGCGAAUACCAAGUCAAAUCUUCAGAAUCUCCACACUUUCUGAAGAAUUGGACUUGUCACAUAAUUACUUGUCUGGGGGAAUGCCAGAUGAAGUUGGCAGUCUCAUUCACUUGAAGAAAAUGAACAUGUCAAAUAACAGGUUGUCCGGCAACAUUCCAUCCACUCUCGGCCAGUGUGUUGUUCUAGAGUAUCUUGACAUAAAAAGCAACUUCUUUGCUGGAACCAUUCCACAAUCUUUUGCCAACUUAGGCAGCAUAAAGAAUGUGGAUAUUUCUCAGAACAAUUUGUCUGCAAAAAUACCAGAAUUUCUGACAACUUUGAGUUCUCUGGAAAACCUCAAUGUAUCCUUCAACAACUUCUAUGGAGAGCUUCCGAGAAGCGGUGUUUUUGACAAAGCAGGUGCAGCGUCAAUCCAAGGAAAUGAUCAUUUGUGUACAAGUGUUCCAAUCGGAAGCAUGCCUCCUUGUUCUCCACAGGUUGAGAGGAAAAUGAAGCACCAAUCAUUAGUUCUAGUCCUCAAAAUAGUACUACCAGUUGUUGCUAUCACCAUAAUCAUUUUGUCCUAUAUUGCAAAAAUUUAUUGGAGGAAGAAAGUGCAACAGAAUACGCAUUUGCAAAAACUUAAUGAGAAGAUAAAACAGAUAUCAUAUGAAGAUGUUGCCAGGGCAACAAAUAAGUUCUCCUCUGCAAACUUAAUUGGCUCGGGAUCAUUUGGAAUGGUUUAUAAAGGCAGUCUGCAGUUUCAGGAAAAUAUAGUUGCUAUCAAGAUUUUCAAUCUUGACAUUUAUGGAGCACAGAGGAGCUUCACCGCAGAAUGUGAAGCCCUGUGAAAUGUCCGUCAUCGGAAUCUUGUAAAAGUCAUUACCUCAUGCUCUUCAGUGGAUUCUAGAGGGGCAGAUUUCAAGGCCCUAGUAUUUCAAUACAUGCCGAAUGGGGAUCUAGAAAAGUGGCUAAACCCGAAAGUGCAUCAACAUGGUGAAAGAAAUGCUUUCACAUUGAUCCAAAGGAUUAAUAUUGGUUUGGAUGUAGCAUUUGCUUUGGAUUAUCUCCAUAACCAAUGUACAUGUCCACUGAUUCAUUGUGACUUGAAGCCAAGCAAUAUUCUUUUGGAUCUUGAUAUGGUUGCAUACGUCACCGACUUUGGCCUAUCAAGGUUUCUAUACAAUACAUCAAAUACAAAUCAAGAUAGUUCAACAAGUUUGGCCUGCCUAAAAGGAUCUAUUGGAUACAUCCCACCAGAGUAUGGCCUGAGCAAAGAGAUAUCAACUAAGGGUGAUGUCUACAGUUUUGGAGUGCUUAUGUUACAGAUGAUAACAGGAUGUAGUCCAACUGAUGAAAAACUCAAGGAUGGUAUAAGCCUUCAUGAAUUUGUUGACAGAGCAUUUACAACGAAUAUUCAUGAGGUUGUUGAUCCCACAAUGCUCGAAGAUGGCAGCAGUGCAACUGACGUAAUGAGAAACUGUAUCAUACCACUGGUUAGAAUAGGCCUAUCUUGCUCUAUGACAUCACCCAAAGAGCGGCCAGAUAUGGGACAAGUUUCUACCGAGAUCCUUAGGAUCAAGCAUAUGGCCUCACACAUGGGUUUGUGAAGCAAAAAAAUAGACAUGCUGGUAGCUAGUGACAGAAGUUCAUGUAAAGAAGAACAACGAUCUACUAUCUUAUGAAUUUUCCUUUUCUGAUGUAAGUUAGAUAGGAUACUUGUAGGCAGUAUAAUUUUCUUUUGCCAUCUCCGGGGUAUCAUUUUGUAUUUAUA